GCGCGGGCCGCGCUGUGGGCGCCCGCCCGGGCGGGCAUGCUGCGGCCGGGCAGCUGGCUGCGGGGACCUGUACCAGGCCUCGGCGUCAGGGCCGACGCUCGGCUCCAUUGCGGCGCCGGGAUGCCCAAGAAAGCGGGUGCGACGAGCAAGGGUAGAAGCCAGAGCAAGGACCGCGAGGCACCGCUUCCUCCCUCGGGUUCCGUGGCUGUUGAUCCUAAAGGUUGUGUCACCAUAGCCAUCCACGCCAAGCCCGGCGCCAAGCAGAACGCUGUAACAGAUUUGACCGCUGAAGCCGUAAUUGUGGCCAUCGCAGCGCCUCCGUCGGAGGGAGAGGCCAAUGCUGAGCUCUGUCGCUACCUCUCCAAGGUCUUAGAGCUCAGGAAGAGUGACGUGGUUCUAGACAAGGGUGGUAAGUCUCGGGAGAAGGUGGUGAAGCUCUUGGCCUCUACAACUCCAGACGAAAUCUUGGGGAAAUUAAAACAGGAAGCUGAGAAGAAGUAAAAGCGAGAAAUGAAAAAGUCAUCCGAGAGGAAUUUACUGCUAAUGAUGAACAGACUACUAGACAGGAAAAAAUGUUCAGAUGCACAGAACGUGGGGAAAUGCAUGUGUGUGUAUUAAAUGUAAAUAAGCCUCAGAAAAAAGUAGGAAGCUUGAAAGUUACUGCACACUGAAUACAGGUUCAAAACCCCCAAACGACCUGGAACACCUGACUGAUUUCACGGCAUCACCAGAUAACAGCGGGAGAAUGUUCCAGAGGACCCGGCUUUGCCCCUUGCGUCCUGUGAUGGGCUUCCGGUGCCCGCAAGUGCUCCAGGUCGCAGCGUGCAGGGUGGCACUGGCGGCCGGAUGCCCCACCCCUGGCUGAGAGCAUCACCCUGGCUGCACGCGGACGUGGAAUCUCCGUAGCAAGUCUGGAACCCUGGGGCCGCCUCAGUCCAGUUUACCAGAGACAGGAAAACCAGGCAGGCACUGCUCUGAACCUUCACAUUUCAGCACGAUACUACAUGCAAAAAUGUGUUUUCACAACAAUUUUGAGCAUCUUGUGAAAAAGAAUAAUCAAGACCUGUAGCUUCACGUUAAC